AUUGCUAUUGAUUUGAAAUUGGAACAACAGCUCCAAAGAGGGCAAAUGACUAAUGACUAUGUUUAUAUCAUCAGUGGUGGCAUGGUGUAUCAAAUUUUGGAAGUUCUGUGUUGCACUAUUCUGCAUGACAUUCUUCUAUUAUUUGUCUUAUCAGUAGCGCAGCAGUCUGAAAGUUCUAAACCAGACCGAGGAAGAAAUGAUGAGCAAGAGCAUGUAACUGUUGCACGUGCACUACAAAGGUAUAUUUUGAAGGCAAGGCUGGCUAGAAUACCAUUCCCAAUUAAAUUUCCAACACCUAAUCCAAGAUCAAGUAUACAACAGGCUCCAUCUACAACGUCAAAACUCCUUCCCCUAAUAUGUCCAAGAACUGCUCUUCGCAGUAGGCCAGUCAGUCCAUUAUGUCUAAAACCUGCUACUCCAAGUAGACCCUUUGAUACUACAGAAAGCGACACAUCAUUGAGCCCAAGGACUGCUCAAGCCAUAAGUGCCAUUUUAAGUGACAGCUUUUCGGUAGAUAGUAGCCACAAGGUUCGAGCGGAGAAGUUCCCUGCUGCUAGUGCAGCCCCAUAUAUUCCUGUCAGGCAUUUUGGCCCACACCAUCGAAUGGCUCCUCCAGUGACCAUACGGAAUGCAAUUCCUGUUUACUCUGCACCACCGCUUCCUCCACCAUCUAGGUCUCCAAGUGUUACAAGGACUCCGGGUCUGGGAGUUGCACCACCUGUCUGUGUAAGACAGGCAAUGCCGGUUUAUGCUGCACCCCCUGUUCGGGCAGAAAAGCUCCUCACAUUAGAUACAGCACUUCAAGUAGUGGAGCCCACCUUUUCUAAAGCUCCACCUGUUCAGGUUGAAGAACCAGUAGCUUCAGAGGGACCUGAAAUUCAGGUACAUGAAUUACCAACUUGUAAAGCCGUGCCAGGCAAGCCAGAAUUGGCACAUGAACAUUCUGAAGAGCAACCAUGUUCUCAACUCCAACCGACUAAGAGAGAGGAGCCAGCUGACUUAGAAAUUUCAAGGAGCGUGACAAUGCUCGUGUAAGGAACCAAUACUGCAGCUGAGGAGAAGCCACAGGAGUCUCUAGAAAUUGAGAAUUUGAAACAACUAAAGAUAUGAUGUAUUGUCAGGCAUGGGAUGGUUCGGACUGCAGAACCUUCAAUAGGCUUUCGUACUAGGAUUUAGUUUGUAUGUUCUUAUUUAGUCUUUAAAAAAAAGUCUAAAUCUGUCAGUGGCUUUCACAAUUUUCAUUUGGAAUAGUUUUAUUGAGAUAGCUGUAGUUGCCUUUUUACCGCAGUUCCUUUCCAGUUCAAUACCA